AGGAUCAGUAACCACCUCGACCCACUGAAAGACAGACAAUUACACAAUAGCUAAUUAUGUCUGAAGGAAUAGUGUACGCUGAUGUGAAGUUCGAAAAGCAACAAAGGACUGAAAGAAAAAAUGCUGCAACAGCAUCCACAGCGAAUGAUACCACAUACUCUGAAAUCUCAAUUUCCAGAACCGGACGCAACCAGCCAUCUACCGACCCUAAUGGUGGUGACCCUGAUUCUCAGGAGGGGUCAAAGGUCAGAGCAGGUGGAUGUGACCCUGUCAGAGUGGUUCUGGUGACUCUCUGUGUUCUUCUGAUGGGUGCUGUCAUUGGACUUGGGUUCCUGUAUAUCAGCAACCCGCAAACCAAAAACACAGAGCUCCAAAUUCUGCAAGCGGCUUACGAUCGAAAUCUCACAGGUUUGGAGAAAGAUUUGACAGCCGACUUGAUUGAGCAGAGAACUCCAUCAACUCCAUCAAUCACAGAUGAUAAGUGUCCAAUAUGUGCUGAUGGCUGGAUGUAUUAUGGGAAAAAGUGCUAUUAUUUUUCCAAUGAUGAACUGACCUGGGUUGAGAGUCGGGAUAUGUGUGUCUCCAUGGGGGGACACCUGGUCAUCAUAGACAGCGAAGAAGAGCAGACGUUCUUAGAUAAUACAGUUGGUGCUAAAAUGAGUGUUGCUGAAGACAAGUUCUGGAUCGGACUGACAGACAAAAUUGAAGAGGGAAAGUGGUUAUGGGUGGACAACACACCUCUGGAUCCAAAUAAAAGCUUCUGGUCUGUUUUCGGAAAUGUCAACACAGAGCCUGAUGACUGGAAAGGAGACAACGGAAUAAAUACAGACGGGGAAGACUGUGCUAGAAUGGGAGAAAAACAUGGUACUCAUAAUGAAAAGAGUUGGUUUGAUGUCAGCUGUGGUAGGCCACACAGAAGAAUAUGUGAGACAAUGGCAAUUGCAUGAUACAGUAUCUGUGUGAAACUAAAAAAAUUAUUGAAUUUUGCUCUGAACACAAAAGUAUCUUUACGUAUAUUUUUGAUGACAUUUAUAAGAAGAAGAAAGGAGAAACUGUAUUGGUAAAUGUACUACAGUAGAUUACUGUUGAUGUUUACAGACUGCUUGUUAUCUACAAUAUGUUUAUGCUUUAUGCGUUUUAUGCUAUAAUGUAAAACAAACCAAAUCUACAACUGAGCCCAACAAAAAACAUGUCAGAUAUCUUCAGUUCAGCAUUUUCAUUAUUAAAGGAAAAC